GAAGAGACAGUAGACAUUUGGGUCCCAACUUCAAAGACUUCACUCACUCUCUCUCUCUCUCUGUGUGGCAGCUCGCUGUGUGUUGAGCAAUGGAUCGGGCACAGUUGGUUCUGCUAGGGUUACCACUCUUCCUCCUCUUCUCUGACCUCAUUAGCCUCUUCACUCCAUCACCACCUAAACCAAACCCUCACUCCCACCACCACCACCACCACCACCAUCAUCAACAACCACCACCACCUACAAUUACCAAAGAUAACCUCGACUUUCCCUCAAAGACCCAGCCAACCGAUGUUGGAGGAAUCGGUAUUGGCAACACAGUCAAUAUCAAUUUCUGUGCUUCUUGCUCUUACAGAGGGACUGCAGUGACCAUGAAUAAGAUGUUGGAGACUGCUUUUCCUGGAAUUGAUGUUAGACUUUCAAAUUAUCCACCAAGCUUGCCAAAGCGUCUACUGGGAAAAUUGGUUCCAGCAGUGCAGAUUGGAGUUGUUGCGAUUGUAGUGGCAGGUGAACAAAUUUUUCCAAUGCUUGGAUUUAUGACACCGCCUCCUUGGUACUAUUCUUUGCGUGCAAAUAGAUUUGGGACCAUUGCCAGCUGCUGGCUUCUUGGCAAUGUAGCACAGUCCUUCCUACAAAGUUCUGGGGCAUUUGAAGUUUACCUCAAUGAUGAAUUGGUUUUCUCUAAACUACAGGAGGGAAGGUUUCCCGGUGAAAUUGAAUUGAAAGAUCUCGUCAGCAAAAGGUUGGCCAACUCUGGAGUUGUAGACGGCCUGGGAAAUAUGUGGUCAUAGUUCACAAGCCAGAUAUGGAGGGUUCUCAAUGAAUGUGAUUGGAGGUGCAAAAUGAGCCCAAACUGGGAUUUGUUUGGACCUGUGACUUAUGUUAUUUUUGCACAAAUCUUCUGUUUAUUAAAAUUUGAACCUGCAAGGUCUGUGUCAUAGAUAAAUCACUACUAAACAAUAUUAGCUAUCUGGAGCUUGUUCUUGAA